AAACAAGUCAUGCUUCCUGACGAUAAACCUGUAGCCAUGGAGAUGAUGUGUAACAUCAUCCAACAUCGCAAUGGCAACCUUCCUCCACGUCCAACAGCGAUGGAGAUCUAUGAUCUCGCCAUAGCAGCGGAUAAAUACGACUGCGUCAUGGCGACAAGCUUGGCGGCUAGGGCAUGGAUGCAACUGGACUCUGUUUCGAACGCGCAUGAUCUUGGACUAUUCAUGCUUGCUGCAUACAUAUAUGCCUUUCCAGAGAUCUUUUUCCAGGUGACGGCACGGCUCGUCCUCUCCUACAACGGCUCCUAC